GCCCUGCCCACCGCGCCGGGGAGUUGGGGCGUCACCGGCGCGGGGGGCGUUUCCUGAGACCCCCGGGAAGCCCCGAGGCGAGGUAACCUGAGGCCCCAACAGACCGAUCCCGCAGGCUGAAGUUCAAGGCCCUGCCUUCCCGGUGAAGUGACAAGACCGGCUCGGCACCAGGACGCUCGCACCACAGGUAACCCACAAAGAACAAAGAAUGGCUGGUUCGUCAUGGUUACUGCAAGUGUGGCUGUGGCUGAGGCUCACCUGAGGAUCCAGAGUCACGACCCCUGUGGGGUGACAGCUGCAGUGACUCCAUUCCCUAAAGCGACAGACACAUGGACCUUAAUAACCAUGCGGACAUUCAGCAGCAUGAGCCAUGCCCACCAGGGGCUCAGGUUGAUGCUCAGUGGCUGGCCUGGCCCCAUCCAGGCAACAUGAUGGACACAGAGAGCCCGAUCUGUCCUCUGUCCCCCCUCGAGGCUGAUGGCCUGGAGAGCCCUCUCUCUGAGGAAUUCCUACAAGAAAUGGGGAGCAUUCAGGAGAUCUCCCAGUCCCUUGGUGAGGACAGUUCCGGAGGCUUCAGUUUCACAGACUACCAGUACUUAGGAAGCGGUCCAGGCUCCGAUGGCUCUGUCAUCACAGACACCCUCUCUCCAGCAUCCAGUCCCUCCUCAGUCAGCUGCCCUGUGGUCCCCAGCAGCACGGACGAAUACCCAAGCAGUUCGCUGAACAUUGAGUGCCGCAUCUGCGGGGACAAGGCCUCUGGCUACCACUAUGGAGUGCAUGCUUGUGAAGGCUGCAAGGGUUUCUUCCGGAGAACGAUUCGGCUGAAGCUGGUCUAUGACAAAUGUGACCGGAGCUGCAAAAUUCAGAAAAAGAAUCGGAACAAGUGUCAGUAUUGCCGCUUCCACAAGUGCCUCUCUGUGGGGAUGUCGCACAACGCGAUCCGUUUUGGACGAAUGCCAAGAUCUGAGAAAGCCAAACUGAAAGCAGAAAUUCUUACCUGUGAGCAUGACGUAGAAGAUGCACAAACCGCGGACCUCAAGUCUCUGGCCAAGAGGAUCUACGAGGCCUACCUGAAGAGCUUCAGCAUGAGCAAGGGCAAGGCGCGCGUCGUCCUCGCGGGGAAGACCAGCAACAACCCGCCUUUCGUCAUCCAUGAUAUGGAGACCUUAUGUAUGGCCGAGAAAACUCUUGUGGCCAAGAUGGUGGCCAACGGCAUCCAAAACAAGGAGGCAGAGGUCCGCAUCUUCCACUGCUGCCAGUGCAUGUCCGUGGAAACUGUCACUGAGCUCACAGAAUUCGCCAAGGCCAUCCCAGGCUUUGCGAACUUGGACUUGAAUGAUCAAGUCACUUUACUAAAAUACGGCGUGUAUGAGGCCAUAUUUACAAUGCUGUCUUCUCUGAUGAACAAAGACGGGAUGCUGAUAGCAUAUGGAAAUGGCUUUAUAACUCGUGAAUUCCUAAAAAACCUAAGAAAACCAUUUUGUGACAUCAUGGAACCUAAGUUUGAUUUUGCCAUGAAGUUCAAUGCCCUGGAGCUGGAUGACAGUGACAUUUCCCUUUUCGUGGCUGCUAUAAUUUGCUGUGGAGAUCGGCCAGGCCUUCUAAACAUAGGCUACAUCGAGAAGAUGCAGGAGGGCAUUGUGCACGUGCUCAAGCUUCACUUGCAGAACAACCACCCCGACGAUGCCUAUCUCUUCCCCAAACUCCUUCAGAAGAUGGCGGACCUCCGGCAGCUGGUCACUGAGCAUGCGCAGCUCGUGCAGGUCAUCAAGAAGACCGAGUCAGAUGCGGCGCUGCACCCACUGCUGCAGGAGAUCUACAGGGACAUGUACUGAGGUUGUUUUUCCCGAGCGGGCAGCCGACACCACCGUCCCGGGACCUCUGAGGUCUGUGGCCCCACGCAGGAGAGAUGGGAGCACCACGGAUUUGCACAGAAGCCCAUCCUCCUGCCCUUGGAAGGGGAGAGGGCUGAGCAGUAGGUAACCACGAAGGCUCCUCCAUUCUUUCCUUUUCCAACCAGCACUUCUGAGAACUUGCCUGUGACUUACACGCUGGUGACCAGAGGCUAAUAGGACUCAGUGAAUUAUGGAAAAUGGCAAUCCACACUCUGAUUUUAGCUGGCCCAGUGUUAAUCAACGCACAUUCUUUAUAUCACAUUUGUAAUUUGACAUUAAUUAAUGGGUAACCUUGAAGUAUGUGAUCUUUCCCCUUCUGACAGUCCUUCUGGCCAUGUGUUCUCUGUUAGCUGGAAACUGCGCUGCACUUUCUCACCUCAAAGUCUUGUAAGCCCACAUGGGGCCACAGGGUAGCCACUUAAACACUCUGAAGAAAGACAGUUGGCUUUGUUUUAAUCACAGGAGUGAGAAUUUGCAAAAUGGUCUGUCAGAACAUAACAUGCCUUUCUCUUUGUUCAGCUCACUAAUUAGUAGUGGCAGUGUCCCUUCCAGGUUUGCACAGAAGCCCCAGCUCAUGAAGCCUGGGGCAGACAGGGGAGCCCUGAGAGCCUGAGCAUCUGCCUCCCUCCCUGUCUGUGGGAGAGCAGCAGAGCCCCGAGGGCUGUUUUGGACAUGGCCGUGUGUGGGAGACAAACUGACACAUGGUCUGUAAGUGUCCCUGCAGUCCCUGUGGCAGCCCCAUUGUCUGCUCCCGUGUUUAACUCUGCUGUCUGGGUGGAGCCCAAGUGACUUUGUCACCCAGGGUGGGGGAGGACGGCCUCCCAGAGAAGAGGGGCAUGGCAUGAUGCCCUUCACCUGGCACUUGAACCCAGUCUCAGAUUUCAUACUUGGUUAUUAUAUAUAUGUACUAUACAAAAGAGAAUUAGAUGGCUGGUGCCUUUUUCCACCAUAUGUAAGACAGUUUUGUCAGCUGCUAAAAUAUUACUUUAAGGUCAUAAAGAUCAACUCGGCCUCAGCCCCACUGGGGAAGCAGUGUUGUCCCCCGCCAUCUCAACCCGUCCAGACUGCAGUGGCCCACCCCCGAGCCACCAGCAUGUGGCCUCUGAGCAGGUCGCUACACAUUUUGGACUAGGUUAUAUCCUUCAUGCCACUCCCCCAUCUUUAAAACCUUUGGCUUGUCUGUGGUCUCUACUGUUUGCUGUUAAAGAAUGAUCAAGUGCGCAGACAUGGUGGCACACGCCUUUCAUUGCAGCACUAAGGAGGCUGAGGUAGGAGGGUUGCUGUGAAUUUGAGGCCAGCCUGAGACUAUACAGUGGACUUCAGGUUAGCUUGCAGGUUAGGCUAGAGCAAGACCCUACUUCAAAAAAACCAAAACAGUAAACUAAAAAAGAAUGAUGCAGAUUCAUGCUGAUGAAAUAGGAUGAAUGCAAUGAGAACACACAGCGUAGGAAGUAAGACUGGGAGAACCAAGUGAAAACUAGCCUAGGGACAUCCGCUAAAGACUGACUAGAGGGUUUCCUGCCUGCUUUCCUCCUCCUCUCCCUCCCUCCCUCCCCACCUUGUUUCCUCUCCCUUCCGAUUAAAGGCUCCAUCAACCAACA